AUGUCGUCCCUUUUCGAGCAGCGCAUGGAAAUUGAGAGGAAGCAAGAGACUCUUAGUGCCGUUGAAAGUUAUUUCGUCAUGACAGACGACGAGAUUGACUCUCUUACUUCAACUAUCAAACCAGUUGACGCUGCAUUUUUCACCAAUCUACAAAAGGCGAAGAAUAUUACUCUUGGUUGUGACAUACUACUUGGAUUUGAAAACCAAACCCUCGGCUUGGAGUUGAUCGACCGGACGUCUGUGCAUGUAAAUAUGGCUUUUCAAAAGCUUUACAAAUGGGUUCAACAAGAAUUCAGGACACUGAAUUUAGAAAAUCCCAAUGUGAAUCCUUGCAUGCGACAAGCGUUAAGAGUCCUGGCAGAAAGGCCUUCUCUGUUCCAGAAUUGCCUGGACUUCUUUGCAGCAUCCAGAGAACGAUUUUUAUCAGAAGCUUUUCACUGCGCCCUUACAGGCAUUACACCACAAGGGACCGAAGAUGCAACUAUCAGGCCUAUUGAUCUAACAGCACAUGAUCCUCUCCGCUAUGUCGGCGAUAUGUUUGCUUGGGUUCACUCUGCCACGGUGGGCGAGAGAGAAGCCCUUGAGACUCUUUUUGCUGUCGACAAGGAUGAUGUAUUCAAAACGUCCACGACAAGUCUAAAUGCAAAACUCUGGGCUCUACCCUCAAUUGAGGCUUCGCAAGGUACCGAUUUCAAGGUUCUUGAAGCUCUCAGUCACCUAAUGGAUCGUAAUUUCUCGCCUGUUGUUCGAAUACUACGCCAACGGGUCGAGCAGGCAGUACAAUCCAACGAGGAUGUCAUUCCUGCCUACAAGAUCUCUACGCUUCUCAAUUUCUACAGAGCUACCUUCGAAAAGCUUCUGGGGUCAGGAUCGGGCUUAGAAGAUUGUACAGGAGGUCUUGAGAAAGAAGCCAAGAGACAGUUCCGAUCCCUCGUCAGAGAUAAUAUUCUCUCCAUCCAAGGAGAAUUCCAACAAGUCCCUUCGGACCUGGAACCACCACGAUUUCUUCAGGAUGCCUUUAAGCAGCUUGGUACCAUUCUGCAGACUUACGAAUCAUCCUUAUCUGCAUCUGCAGAUUCCGGCAGCGAGGCACAGAGUAUAUUGUCACAGGCUUUUGAUCCAUUUAUGUCUGGGUGCGAAGAGAUAGCAAAGCCUAUGACGUAUCCUGAGGGUGGAAUAUUCCUUGUCAAUUGCAAACUUGCGGCGGCGUUUUGUCUUGACAGCUUUGAAAGUACAAUUUCCCGAGCGAGUCAGAUUCGAGACGAUAUUUCAAGGGACGUCCUGAACUUGGUUGAUAACCAACAUAUUACUUUUCGCCAGAAAUCGGGAUUGGAUACCCUGCUGAACCACUUAGAUAACGGCAAACUUGCUGAGAUAGAUCAAGCUUCCGUUAUUCAAGCAAGCCAGGAGCUCGACGACUUUCUUCCUUCCGCAUUGAUGGACGCAAUGGACAGGCUGAAGGGACUACAAGAUUCAGAAAUCGCUCGUGAUAUUGUAGAACAGGCAGCUGAAAAAUUCUGUACUGAUUUCGAGAGAUUGGAAGAGGCCAUUGAAAGCCAGAGUGGUGAUAAGGACGUGGGCUUAAGGUUCUCAAGGACAUCGGCUGACAUCCGCGUGCUCCUCUCCUGA